AUGUCAACUUCUGAAGUUCCAAAUAGUGUUCAAGCAUACAUUGACAAUGCUCUAAACAAUAAUUCAAUAAACAGUUGGUCUUUUAUUCUGGGUUUUUUACUGGGGCAAAUAACAGUUGUGUUGUUGGUUCUUGCUUUUGUAAAAUUCAUGCUAUUAGAAGACUCGAAGAACACAAAUAAAAAGCGCCCCAUUCUAUUUCCUACACCAUCAUCAUCUACAAAAUCAAGCUCAAUACCAUCUACGUCAUCUGCACCAUCAAUUAUUCUUUCCAAAACAUUCUAUGAUCCCAUUCAUCAUCUACCGGAAUCAACAGAUUGGUUAAAUGUUUUAUUGGCACAAGCUAUAAAUCUUUAUCGGGAUGAUGCUCAAACGAAUAAUCGGUUGCUACGCGUCAUUGAUGAAGCUUUGAAUAGCGGUCUUAAACCUGAUUUUGUGGGUCCGAUUCAUUUAACUAAACUUAAUCUUGGUGAAGAAUACCCUUUAUUUAGUAAUGCUAGAAUAAUGCCAAUAGGGAAGUUAGGAAGAGUGCGUGCAGAAAUUGAUUGUCAAUUUAAUGAUCAAGUGUCACUAGGAAUAGAUACACAAAUUCUUAUUAAUUGGCCGAGACCUCGAAUCGCAAUUUUACCUAUUUCAUUGAUGCUGUCUGUCGUCAAAUUUUCAACUACGUUAGCUAUUGAGAUUGUGAAUCCUCCUGAAACAUCAUCCUAUGUUGCUAUAUCUGCAUUGCCUGACUUUAUUCUAGAAUUUGACGUUCAAUCCUUUAUUGGAUCACGCACAAAACUUGAAAGUGUUCCAAAGAAUGAAAUCAAACCUUCAUUACGUACCAGAAUCAUUGCCAAUGAUUACUCUAUGAAUCAAGAAUCUGAACUUUUUCUACCACCCUCAACAUCCUCAAAUUCACGAUUUAUCUCUUCAAAGAUUAAUAAACCAGUUUCUGGUAUAGUAGGAAAAGAUCCACCUUUUAAUAACUAA